UUAAAAAAUAAGACUUUAUUAUAAUAAAAGAUUUAAAAAUAAAAAGAAAGAAAAUUUAAAAAAAAAAUAAAUAUUAAUUAAUUAAAUUGUAAAUGUGAAAAUACGAUGGAUUGACGUGAGGAACUCUAAUGUAACGUUCUGUGAUUCGUUGUUUGUAGGUGAAAUUUAAUAAAAACAAUAUACUGUAUAAUAAAAAAAAAAAAAAAAAUGAAUAUUUAUUUAUUUUUAUAUUUUUCCUACUUUUAUUUUGAUUUCUACGACGAAAACAUCAACAACAACAAGCAGCAGCCUUUGGAAUUUGUCAAAUAAAUUUUAAAUAUUUUCACAAUUUUCACAAACACAAAGAAGGAAACAUCGAUUACUUGGUUGUCUUUUAUUUUAUUUUUUUUUUUCAUUUUGUGACAAACGUUAGCAGCAAAAUCACAGCACAAUUUUCAAGUUUUAAAAUGGUUGCAAUAUCAAAUAUUCAAAGAUCCAAUAGUGGAAGAAAUAUAAAUUGUAUUAAUAAAACAAAAUCAUAUUUUAAUAUAUCAAAAGAAAAUAAUAAAAUGAAAAAAAAACCUUCAAAAUGGCAUAGACGUUCAGUGUCACUCUCUGAUUUGGACAAGUGUGAAAUAAUAAGCAGUUUAUUUACAAAAUUCCAUGAAUUAAAUAUGGAAAAACGUCAAUCAUCCGAGGAAAUGGAUCAACAGAGACAACGAACAAUGGCAUAUGAAUAUUUGUGUCAUCUUGAGCAAGUCAAAAAAUGGCUGGAGACUUGUUUCAAUGAGACCCUACCACCAUCAACUGAACUUGAAGAAAAUUUACGUAAUGGAGUUUAUCUUGCUCGUCUUGCAAAUUUGAUAAAUCCAAAUUUGGUACCAGUUAAAAAAAUAUAUGACUUUAAUCAAGAUAAAUAUAUUAAAUAUGGAUUGCAGUAUCGUCAUAUUGACAAUAUUAAUUAUUUCAUAAAAUUUGUUGAGUCAAAAAAUUUACCAAAAAAUCAUCAACCAGAAACAACAGAUAUUUAUGAUAAAAAAAAUAUGCCACGUUUAAUAUAUUGUAUUUAUUUAUUAAGCAGUGAUAUGUUUAAUAGUGGUGAAACAACUAAAAUUGAAAAUCUUUGUGGUAAAAUUCAAUUUAGUGAUGAUGAUAUUGAUGCUGUUUGUCAAGAAAUGAAAAAAAAUGGCAUUGAAUUAUUAUUAACUGAAUUUAGUGGACUUGAUUUAACCAACAUAAAAUUAUCUGAUGAUGAUGAUGGUGGUGAUGGUGAUGAUAAUACAUCCAGCAAUUUCCAAGAAAUUAUCAACAUAAACAACGACAAUAAUGAUGAUAAUAUUGAGACAAAACCUGUUGAUAUUAUUAAUGAAACAUUUGAUAUUUCUUUUAUAAAUGCUUUGGAUAAAAUACGACACAAUUAUUCAGUCAAUAAUAUAUAUCAAAAUGAUCAAGAAAGCAUUUUGGCUUGA